GUAGAUAUGAAUAGGUCAGGAUCACGCAGGCGAUGUAUAUUUUUCCUGUUUCCCCAAAGGAUCCAUACUCUUCUGGCAGCAAAGGUCUUUUUAUAUCUCUGGAUUUUCAUAUUUUGCCCAGCAGCCUAUCAUAAGAAAGCACAAAUCUACUAAAUGGUAACAUGAGGGAUUAUUUCUACUCAUCUGUUGACAGACAUUUCUCCAGAUUGGAUCAAAUGAUUAAAGGUAUUAGAAUGACGUCUUGCAGAUCCAGAUCAAAUCAUUUGAAACCUUGAGACUGUUUCUCCUUUGCUUGGAAGGAACUACCAGAAAUAGUUGUAGGUGCUAAUUGCCCAUUAUUCUCACUAAUGUGAAAUUGUUAAUUGGGAUCCUUAAAUAUUUUACUUGCUCAAAUCCUGACUGGGGGAGCUCAAGAUGGAAGGACUGUGCAGUGGCUUGCUUCCCGCCGUGCCGUUCAGGGUCUCCUCCAACGCCUGAAUGGUUCUUCCUCCAGUUGCUCACACCGAGAAGAGGGGUCCAGGCUGUGAAAUCUUCCAACAUCUCACAUUGCAAAGAUGGCACUGAUGAAAGUCAAAUUCAAUCAGAAGAAACGGGUAAAACUAGCACAGGGACUAUGGCUCAUGAACUGGUUUUCAGUGUUUGCUGGAAUCGUUGUUUUUAGCAUGGGAUUGUUCCUCAAAAUUGAACUCCGGAAGCGAAGUGAAGUGAUGGACAAUUCUGAAAGCCACUUUGUGCCCAAUUCUUUGAUAUUGAUGGGUAUAUUAUCCUGCGGCUACAAUGGUUUUGCUGGCAAAAUUUGUUAUGAUUCUCUGGAUCCCGCUAAAUUUGCCAGGUGGAAGCCUUUGCUGAAACCCUACCUGGCACUAUGUUUCUUCUUUAACAUACUUGUUUUCUUCAUUGCUCUGGUUUGCUUUCUCAUGCGGGGCUCUCUGGACAGCACGCUGGCCCAGGGGCUCAAGAAUGGCAUGAAGUUCUACCGGGACACAGACACCCCUGGAAGAUGCUUCAUGAAGAAGACCAUUGACAUGCUCCAAAUUGAGUUCAAAUGCUGUGGGAACAACGGCUACAAAGAUUGGUUUGAAAUUCAGUGGAUCAGCAACAGAUAUCUGGACUUCAGCUCCAAAGAAGUGAAAGAUCGGAUAAAAAGCAACGUGGACGGACGGUACCUGGUAGAUGGUGUCCCUUUCAGCUGCUGCAACCCCAGCUCCCCGAGACCCUGCAUCCAGUACCAGGUCACCAACAACUCGGCUCACUACAGCUACGACUACCAAACAGAGGAGCUCAACCUCUGGCGCCGGGGCUGCCGGGAAGCCCUCCUGCACUACUACAGCAGCAUGAUGAGCUCCAUGGGCGCCGUCGUCAUCCUCGUCUGGCUUUUUGAGAUAUCCGUGAUGGUUGGCUUGCGUCUCCUACAGACCUCUCUGGAAAGCAUUGCAAAUCCUGAAGACCCUGAAUGUGAAAGCGAAGGGUGGAUCCUGGAGAACAGCCUGAAGGACACUUUGAAGUCUGCGCUAGAGAGUUUGAAAAAGAUUGGAAAGUUCAAUCAGGUGGAAGCAGAUGCUGAAGGGGCUGAAGGAGGGGAAGGUGGGAAGACACCAGCCAUCACAACAGUCAGUUGAGCUUCUAAUUGAUGUAAGAUUGACUUUUUAUCAGAGAGGAAUCAAAAAAACUGAGAAUUGUGAAUAACUACAUUUUAAAAGCUAUGUAUCAACCAUCAGAAUACACAUUUCUACGCAUACUUUUUUUUUGUAUAUGGGCAUAUACAACAUAGUGCACCUUGGGAUAAUACCUUUACCACAAUGUGAGUACACCAUAUCCAUAUCUUCUUGGGGAAAUGACCUCACUAGGACUUGCAAUAUUCACAUGUUCCCUUAACAGGGACAGUUAGUUUUAACACAAAAAAUAAAUUGCUGGCAUCACAAGGUGAUCCAUUCCAUCUUAUUUUGAAAUUGAAAGUGGAAUUUGAAAAGUUAGCAUCUUUUGCUCAUGUUGUUUUAUCAGCAUACUUUAUGUACUUCAAAUUUUAAAGACAGAUUGGUUUUCUGGGGAAUAACGUGUUAGAAGUCAAAGAAAGCAGGAUUUCCAGAAUUGUUUAUAACUUAGUAUACUGGUAUUUUGACAAACCUCUCAUAUACUGUGAUUUUUGUUAAUGUGCUAAGCAAUGGUAUUUUCUGCUGUAUUCUUAAGGUGUACAUAGAACAAAAUGCAAACUUAUGCUGAGAAUUUACGUACUAAGCAAAAAUUGUAAUUUAAUGAAACAGCACAAGUAUCACGAAAACAACAUUAAGGUAAAUUUAUGGGGUUUGUUUCUCAGGGUUUUUUUCAGUCUGUGUAUCUUGAAUGAGUGUGCUGUAGACUUAUGCUUCACCUUGUAUUUAAACAAGCAGAAGCUUAGAAGAUUCCUCUUUUAGUGAGUGGAAUCAAUGCUAUGGGCAUGUGCCAGUUCCAGUUAUUCUUGACAUUUUUAAAAGUAUGUAAUCUCAUAAUUUGCCCCAGAAUAUUCAAGCCCAACUAUUUGCAAGACAAGGAAAAAAAACCCAAACCCAAACAAAACUAAACAAAAAAAGUCUUCCUAGAAAUAACACUUCAACUGUUAUUCAGGGUCCUAGUAAAUGGGUACCAUUCAUCCACAAAUACAUCAAACCUCAGACUUUGAGGCCAGGGAAAAGUAAAUUUACAUCAGUACCCAGUGUGCAAAAUUUUACAAGUUUCAUUUUCUUUAUCAGUGAUAGGGCACCCAUCAUUCUAUCUUUUACGUUGAAGGCACACUUUGCAUAUGCUGCCAUCUGUCCAAACAUACUAUCGUAGCUGGAGGACCCUAUUCUCAAAUACAAAGUUGGAAUAAGACAUGGAAGUAGUUUGCUCUGGUGUGCGGCCUCUAGUAAGGGCACAGAGUGUCAUCUUGAGUUUAGAUGCCAGGUAAUUUCAGCUAAAGGGAAAGAAACCCAAGAGAGCAAGCCCCAACCUCCUGCACAAACGAUUGCAGACAUCCCAGUCCCUCGGCUACAAGCCCAGCACCACACUUAUUUCUACCCUGGCUGUGCAAAACCUCUGCUUCUCUGCGGCGUGCCCGGGAGAGCUUUCUCAGAGGGUCCUUCCCACCCGGCUGGUGGUGGCUCUUCAAACGCAGCCAUGUUUGCAGCUGCCUACUCAUUGCACAGCCUGUUAGUUUUCAUUCUUAACUUGUGCACUUGCCCCAGCAGCACUCAGCUCCUCUGGCUUUUGUUCAAACUCCUUCUAGGCUGGACAGGCCAGUUCACAGCAGAUCAGGGAGGGACAUGUCCGUACAUCAAGCCAUAGUCUACACCUCCGUGGCCAGGCUGUCUUGGGCCAUCUGCACACAAGGUUUGAUUUUGACAGGUAUUCAUGGCAUCCUUUCACUUUUUCAAAGCUGGUCAAAGCUUUUAACUUCAGUUACCAUUAUGGAUUUAGUUACAACACUGAACUAAAAAGUCAGCUCUCUUCUUUUGUGUGUAAGAUGGACUAGAACAAGGGCACUAACGUAAAAGCCAACUUGCUACUCACCACAGCCUAUCAUUUACUGCUUUGCUGAGGGCCACUCUGCAUGGCAGAACUGUACAAACCAGACCAACUCCUUCCUUCUCAGGAGGACAUCACUACAACCAGCUGUUCCUCUCAGCUGGUCCAUUACAGAAGAACAGGAUUGUGGAUGGCGCACGAUGUGGCCACAUAUAUCAGAGAAGAGCUUUUUGGAGGAGUCACAUAUGGGUAGGAGCUGCACUACAAGGAUUAAUUACAGUUUUUCCUUGUGAGGCUUCCAUGUGCUGUGAGCUAUACCGGUUACUUGAAUAGACAUCAGACUUUUCAGAGACCUAGAUUCAUUGCUGCCCUAGAAAUCUGGUUUAGGCCAAUGAUUUAGACAGGAUUUUCCAAUUAUUUGUGGUCUCCCUUUUUAUUUUUUUUAUUUUUUUUUUUUCCCCAGUCUAUUGCUAAAGCAACAUAACGAAUCGUCAAAUUAUUCUUUCAAUGCCACACUGGAGAAACCAGUUCCCAGAGCAAGAGUCUCAUGGUAUUUAGCAGGUAGAGAGACCAUCUGAGACAGGUUUAUGAAGAAUAGUUUUGGAAUCAGGGGUUUGUACAAAUAAGAACAAAUAGUGUAUGUGCUAAUGCCGUAUAAAAUAAAGCCUCCUGGUUAAUGAAGAUCUUUAUGACAUCUUAUGAUUACCACAAGAUUGUAAUAUGACUGCUUUGUAAAAUAUUACAUGUAAUAUAUCAUUCAUCCAAUCUUACAUACACUUUCUUGUGACGUUGCGAAUGCUGUUCUAGAUAAAGAUAUCUCUGCUGCCUGCAAAUGUAAAUUUAGGUAUUAAAAAUUGUAUUGCAAGUAAAGAAUCUCUUUAAAGAAAAUGUUUAAAUAUAUACAAUUUAAUACAGAUUUCUUUAAUUUGCGUUACUGCUGAC